AUGUCAGCACUGGCAGCGAGACGGGCUGCAGCUUUGGCAGCCUCAUCUUCAGCUCCCUCACCAUCAAGCUCAACACCGUUGAAAGGCAGAUCACCCAGUCCUGCAGCCGAUAUUGAGGAGAGCGAAGGCGAAGGCAGUUCCGAGUCCGAGUCUGAGGGAGAAUCAAGUACUCCUCCUCCACCUAUGUCAACCUCGAACAAGAAGAGGAAGAUAAGGAGAUCACCUUCUGGUAAUAUACCUACACCUCCUCAAAGAUAUUAUAAUGCAUCUACCGAACAACCGAGAAUAACUAUUCCCCCAACUCAAGCCAAUAAUACUACUGUAAAUCAAAAUAGGAAAAGACGAUUUUCACCUGCUGUACCUGCUGAAAUAUCGAACGAAUACCCAUCCGAUUCUGAUGAUUCAUCAGUAGGAGACAGUGAUGCUGAUAUAGCUGAAGAAGAAGGUUCAGGGGAAGACGAAGAAGCCAUCAAUGAAGUUGAUGAAGGUAGAAUUAAAUGGGCAUUACCAAUGUCUACUGAUUCGACUCCGGGUCCAUCCCGUAGAACCAAGACCAAACCGGCGGUAUUGGAUUCGAUAAGUAAUACGUCCAAUUUUAAUCCAAUUGAAGGGAUCAAUUUGUACAAGAUGUCUGAAGAUGAAUUGAGUGCAUCUGGGUUACAAGAUGAAUAUUCUGGAGAUGGUUUGAUUCUCAGUCUAGCAAAGGAUGAGACUCUCAUUAUUGCAGGUACAUAUAUCCUUACCCCACUCUCCCGAUCUAUCACAAUAUCAUCUUGUGUACUUUCUUCAGAUGAAUCGUCCCAUCAAAUAUUCGCUCCUACUUCGCAUCCUAUACCAAUUAUAGCUCCAUCUCCAGCUACAUCGUCGGCCAAAUCAGUGACAUGGUUGAACGACUUGAGACUUCCAAAGAAGUUUAUCAAGACAGGAACGCUUUUCCUUAUCAGAGAAAAUCCAUGUGGGAUUGAUGGAUUGAGGUUUGGGGCGAUACCGGGAUUCGCUCAUAUCUGGUUGGAAGAGAUUGGGAAUUGGGGGUUGAGAGGUGUUCACCCUGUCAUUGGAUCAUUCCCUACUCCCAUAUAUCCACAUAUCACACCCCCUACAUGGUCAGAAGCAUUAUCAUCAUCUCUCCCUUUGAACGCAACGCAGUCAAACUCAUUGACCCAUUACGAGUCAGCAGAAGAACCUUUCGUAGGAAUUGUAAAAGGACCUAAACGAACCGGAAAAUCAACGUUCGCUAGAUCAAUUCUCAAUAACUUGUUGGAGAAAUAUGAAAAAGUAGCUUGGUUGGAAUGUGAUCUUGGUCAAGGCGAAUUUAGUCCUGGUGGUAUUGUUGGUUUGUGGAUAUUGGAUAAACAGGUUAUAGGUCCAUCUUUCACACAUCCAUUGAUACCUUAUCGAGCUCAUUAUCUAGGUACUUUUACACCACUUACAUGUCCCGACGAAUAUAUCUCAUCCAUUCAACAUUUGAUUGAGAUAUACAAAUUCGAUAUUCAACAUCAACAUGCAUCAUUCUCAUCAUCAAGUGAAGUUGACUCUUCAAGUAAGAUCAAUGAUAUCAUACCUUUGGUAAUAAAUACUCAAGGAUGGGUGAAAGGUUUAGGAGAAGAUCUGCUACGUUCAAUUGAACAAAUAGCAGAACCAAACCAUAUCUAUACCUUUAAUUCGAUUACGAGUCAUAAUGAAUUUGACACAUCUUACACUCGGAAUGGAAACAGUCAUAGUCAAGGAAAUGGUUGGACAAACUCACCACCUUACAAUACCAACCAUCUACCUGAUUUGUAUUCUACCGAUAAUACCUCCAAAAGAAAAGAAUAUAAACUUGAAUCAGCACCUACCACUGCAUUACAAGCAAGAUUUACCGCAGCCGAUUUCAGAGUUUUAUCAAUCAUAUCAUAUUUCCAUUGUUCGAUAUCGUCUCCGACUUCCAAUGAUACUGAAGCUACCGCAAAGAGUAGAACAAGGUGGGACUUCAGUAAACCCAUCCUAGCGAUAAAUCCAUGGCAAGUAGAAUAUGGUGUAAACAAGAUAAUUAACAAGGUCUAUCUUAUUGGUGAAGGUAAUGAAGGAAUCUUGUUUGAUGAUUUGUCAAUUGCGUUAAAUGGUUCAAUAGUAGCUCUAGUCGAAACCGAUCGUUCUGAACCUAGUGGGUCAGAAGAUCAGAGCGGAGAACUGUAUGUUCAAGGAAGAAUACCCUCUUUAGAGACUAAUUAUUUAGGAUUGGCUCUGAUAAGAUCUAUCACUUGUUUUUCUACUUCCUCUACUUCAAGUGUACUGAAUGGUAAUGACGAUAUGACUCAAAAUCCAAGUGGUAAAAUCCAAUUGUUAACUCCUAUUUCAACUGAAACGUUGAAAAGAUGUAAUGGAAUAAUCAAAAAUGGUUCAAUCGAAAUGCCGACUCCAGGAUUAAUGGAUUGGACAAAACCCAUAAAUGAACAAGAUGGUAUUGCAGGAUACAAUUGGGAUAAUGUACCGUUCUUGGACGUUUCGGGGAUUGAAGUCGUCGGUGGGGAAAGAAGAAGAUGGAGAAAGAAUAUCAUGAGAAAGGGAAUGUAG